GCGCGAUCGGCGGCAACGCAGGUCUCUUGCGCGCUGUUGUAGGCUGGGAGGUGAGGGGCCGCUGCCCGUGUCUCGCGCCCCGGAUCCGGCUCGGGCCCGCCGCCGCCAUGCCGCCCAAGUUCGACCCCAACGAGAUCAAAGUCGUGUUCCUGAGAUGCACCGGCGGGGAGGUCGGUGCCACUUCUGCGCUGGCGCCUAAAAUUGGCCCUUUGGGUUUGUCUCCCAAAAAGGUUGGUGAUGACAUUGCCAAGGCAACAGGUGACUGGAAGGGGCUGAGGAUCACCGUGAAACUCACUAUCCAGAACAGGCAAGCUCAGAUUGAGGUUGUCCCUUCUGCCUCUGCCCUGAUCAUCAAAGCCCUCAAGGAGCCUCCUCGUGACAGGAAGAAGCAGAAGAACAUUAAACACAGUGGCAGUGUCAGCUUUGAUGAGAUAGUAAACAUCGCACGCCAGAUGAGGCACAGGUCCUUGGCUCGGGAGCUUUCUGGAACCAUUAAGGAGAUUCUCACCCACGGACUGCCAGUCUGUUGGCUGCAUAUGAUGUCAUCGAUGACAUCAACAGUGGCACAAUAGAGUGCCCAGCUAGCUAAUACAGAAGCCAAGAACUCACAACACAAGUUAAUUAAGAUUUUUUUGUAACAAUUAUGAAACCUCAAUAAAACCUGCAGUUGUC